UCUGCCUCCCUCUCCCCCACCCCAGCGCCAUCCAUCAAGCCAUGCAGACCAUCAAGUGUGUAGUCGUCGGCGACGGUGCUGUCGGAAAAACCUGCCUGCUCAUUUCAUACACUACCAACAAAUUCCCCUCCGAGUAUGUUCCCACCGUGUUCGACAACUACGCCGUGAGCGUAACCAUCGGGGACGACCCCUACACCCUCGGCCUCUUCGACACCGCCGGCCAAGAAGACUACGACCGCCUCCGCCCCCUCUCCUACCCCCAAACCGACGUCUUCCUCGUCUGCUUCUCCGUCACCUCCCCCGCCUCCUUCGAAAACGUCCGCGAAAAGUGGUUCCCCGAGAUCCAACACCACUGCCCCGGCGUGCCCUGCCUCAUCGUCGGCACCCAGGUCGACUUGAGGGACGACCCGGUGAAUAUCGAGAAAUUGCAGAGGCAGAGGAUGAAGCCGAUCAGUGUGGAUAUGGGCGAGAGGUUGGCGAGAGAGUUGGGGGCUGUCAAGUAUGUCGAGUGUUCGGCUCUGACGCAAAAGGGGCUGAAGAAUGUCUUUGAUGAGGCCAUCGUCGCUGCUUUAGAACCUCCCAUGGCGACAAAGAAGAAGAGCAAAAAGUGUCUCAUCCUCUAAUCCCCCUCGUCAUCAUCAUCCCUCCCCGACAAACAUCAUCCUACCACAUCCCAGACCAUCCCCCGUAUACCCACGCCUACACCUCGUCCCUUUCGACAUUCCUUUUUCGCCACCCACAUCUCUCUCUCUCUAAGCGUACUUUCGGAGUGUAAUCCUCUUUCGCUGUCGAUAUCGAGAGGUCUCUUUUCUCCUACCCUUCUUCAUCCCCUCCCGCCUUUUUUUGCGCGGGGGCUGGUUUUCGUCUAAAGGGAUCUAUAGACCUUCACGAACCUAUCAAACGCUGAAGUGUAGGGAUCAGGGGAUUGUUUGUAGGAGUCAAAGUUUGGAACGUAUACCCCCCUGUGUCUUUCUCUGUUUUCCUCGCCCAUCUUUCUGCCCCCGUUUCUCGUUCCCCGUCCUUAUACAGAUAUAUCUUUUCUAUUUUCCUUCUUUGUUGCGGGAUGUAACGGCGCUUUCCCUUCCUUCUCUCUCUCUCUCUUCUUUGGCCUCGUUCGGACGCGAUGUGUUGAUGCAUAGAUAUACAA